UAACGAUCAAUACUCAAAGGUGGUCUUGUCACAGUCAUAGAGAAAAUUAUCUAGAGAUACGAGAAAUUAAUUAAAAUGGAGAAAUGACUGGCAGACAAUGCGAUAUCGCACAUAUUUUAUAUUUAAUCAAUAUAGAUGACAGAAGGACUGAAUUUCUAUAUGAACGACUUGUGAAGAGUUUAGCAAAAGUAGCUCUGUGUGGCGCGUCCAUCCAGAUUAAAUCCAAUCGCACAUUUUAUAAAAGUAACUACGACAGACAAAAAACUAGUGGCAAAAGACAAACAAAUGUAAAAUCCUCAUCUCCUAAAUUUGCUAGCAAAUAUUGCUACAACGUUACUGAUGUUUAAAUCCUGUAUAUCACAGACAAUUUUCUAACAAGUACAAAAAGCUGCGUUAAAUCCCAAUUAUGAUAUUCAGAAUUCUACUUGGACCAGAAAAAUAUUUUUUUCAAUGUAAGGCAAAACAAAUAAUUUUGUAUCUGAGGCAGAACGUUUGUCAACUCAAAUAGCGUAACUACAUUUAUCCAUUCUAUAUCGAUACACGAUGCUUCUUACGCGAGGUAUUUAUAGACUUUCAAAUUGCUUGUCGGUCACUUCUAAGGACACGGUAUCUCGAAGCUGUUGCUGAUUUGAAACGAUGAUUGAAACGAGAGUUGACGUGAUGUUUUUUAAACUAUUGCUCAAUACGUGCCUAAUAUUCACGACGGUAAUCGCGAAGAGGAUACUACAUACUACGAUUGAUACUAAUGUGGAUACGGGAAAUUGCUCGCAGGUCAGUGAUUCUUUACCGAUUUAUGCGAAUCCCGUGCAUUACAACAUCGAGCUGGCACUGCACGACGACACUUUCGUCGGGGAGUCAAGCGUUACCAUUGACAUACAAAAAGAAGUCACGAAAAUAGGUUUGCACGCUGAAAAAUUGCAAAUAGAAUUUGAUACAAUAUUGCUCUUUAAGCAUAAGCAAAAGAAGCAGGAAAGGCAAAAUAGGGGCAGGAAACUUCGAACAUUUGUCUAUUGCAUGAAAACGCAGAUUUUGAUUCUCGAAUUCGACAGGAGUAUCCAUAUUGGCAUAUACGAGUUACAUAUGAAAUUCAACGGCUCUCUACUUGGCCCAAAAGGCCUCGUCGCGAUCAAUCGCACAAUCGAUAGAGGAGAGACAAGGCAAUCGUAUGUGACGCUAUUCGAGCCAACCGGUGCUCGACGUGUAUUUCCAUGCUGGGACGAUCGGUCACGGGGAUCGACAUAUAAUAUCUCGAUUGCACAUUCAAAUACUCUCCGAGCUUGGUCAAAUAUGCCGGUAAUGAAGAAAUCGUAUGUGACGUAUAAUAGAAUACAGACGCACUUUGAAAUUUCCCCUUACAUGCCUGUCUGCUACCUGACGAUACUAGUUAGUGAUGUCGAAAUCGCCUACACGCACUGGAAAUAUCCGAUACAAAGUAACAUUAAUAUGUGGUGUGUACCUAAUACGAGGAAUCAACUGAAAAUGACGGAGGAAAUUGCUCCAAUAAUUGAUUAUUUUAUAGUUAAAAACAUGAGUUUUAUUUGGAAAGGAUCAGUCAUUAACUUCAUUGUGUUGCCGAAUCUGCCAACUAAUUUUUUAGGAAAUUGGGGAGUCGCUAUUGUGAGACAGGAAUAUAUCAUCGAUAAAGGAAUCUCUGCUGGUCAUCAAAUCGAAGUGCAAAAGAGAAUAGCACACGCUAUCAUACGGCAUUAUAUCGAAACUUUCAACACCUAUAUUACGUGGUUUAGUGAAUGGUUCAGAAAAGGACUAACGUUGUAUCUCAGUUACGAUAUAAUCGCAGAGAGUCAACUAUACGCCAAGAUGGGGGAUCUUUUUGUAGUGCAAGUCGUACAACCAGCUUUGCACAACGAUAUUGUUUUCAAUGUUCCGCACAUCACGAAUGAAUAUGAUCCAAUUUACUUUUCCUUUAUUAUCAACAAAGCAUCCAUUAUAAUACGCAUGAUGAAACAUAUACUUACAAAGGAAGUGUUCAAUCAAGCUAUGGCCAACUAUUUCAAUUUAAAUGAUUUGAACUCUCCCCAUGACUUGUGGAAUCUUUUAAAAAUUGAACUUUUCACGAACGAAGAUCCGAAUCGCGCAGAAGAACUAAUAUUCAGCUGGCUGUCACAACCAAAUUAUCCUAUAUUAUAUCUUGUUGAAUAUAAAGAUGGCCACGGCAAGUAUAUUAAACAAAAUGCUUCAAUGAAAACCGUCAAUGUACUUAAGUUAUGGGUAAUUCCUGUAACAUAUACCACACAGACAGAGCUUAACUUCUUGGACACUUCGCCUAAACUGUGGUAUACAGGAGGUAAUCAUGAACUUCCUCAACUUGAUCCAUAUGAUUGGAUCAUAUUUAACAUACAACAAACUGGCUUUUAUCGCGUUCAUUACGAUAACGAUAAUUGGUUUAAACUCGCGCGUUACCUGAACGAAGAGGAUCACACGAUGAUACAUUAUUUGAAUCGCGCACAGCUCAUCGAUGAUGCGUAUUAUUUCAUGAUGAAGCUAGAAAUGAACUACAACAUAUUCUAUUACCUCAUCAAUUACUUGUGGAAAGAGCAAGAGUAUACACCAUGGCACACUAUAACAAAUAUCUUACAUUAUAUGUCACCUUUUUUCAACUUCCCAGAAAGUCUAGCAUUUAAGAAUCACAUUUUAAACAUCUUGGUUAAACAUCUGAAUCAGCAAUUUAAUAAUAAAAGAGUAAUAGCCACGCAAUUAUUAAUACAGUAUUGGGCUUGUAAAUUCGGCAAUCGCAGGAGCAGAGAGUCUAUAAAAAACAAUUUGAUACAUCAUAUCAUGCAUCUCAAUGACAAUACAAUUAGACCGGGUUGGGAGGAUUUGACAUAUUGCGCGGGUCUGAUGACUGCGGACAGUUCCGUUUGGAAUAUAGUGGCGACGGAUUUCAUUGCUAGAAAUCAAACGAGCAAGUUAAAACAUCUAACAUGUACCGAUAAUAAUGUAGUCAUCAACGAAUUUAUGAAGUCAAUCACAUCCAAAAUAAGCGAUAAAUGGGCAAAAUUGGAACCUAAGCAUUUACUGACAUUAUAUCAUAGCAUGAUGAAGAAGCAUGCCAGAAAGAAAGAAGUGUUCGACUUCUUUUUAGCGAAUUUUCACAAAAUUCUUCCCAAUUACUUGAGUAUAAUCGAGAAAUUUGGUAGUAUUAUUAUGAACGUGUAUUCCACCUGCCAAUUUUUCAAGAUAUGGACUGUUGUAAAUUGGAACUACAACGCGAACUUCAUCAUCAUAGAUGCGGUGGAACUUAUGAUAUCAUGGCGAAAGAAAGAAUUACAGAGACAGAUGAACAUGUUUAGAGAUCCUUUUAACAUCACUCAUUAUGAAGAUAUAUGUUAAUCAAUCGAGAACAAAACGAUUAUCCAUGUAUCCUAAAUCGUAUGAAUAAAUUUUUAUAUCAGCUCUGAAAUUU